AUGGCGCGUAACUCGGAGAAAGCCCAGUCGAUGCUCUUUCGCUUCCGCGAGGCGCAAGCUGCGGAUUUAGGUAUUAUCGAUGCGGGACGAGCGCGGCGACCCAAGGUUAUUACAGAAGUAGAUUCGAUUCCAGCUUGCGAGAAAUGGAGAGGCCAAACACUCAAGGAAAUCAGCCGGAAAAUGUCCCGAAUACAGGAGACAUCUCUCAGCGACUACCAGAUCCGAGAUCUCAAUGACGAAAUAAAUAAGCUUAUGCGAGAGAAACACAUGUGGGAGGUACAAAUACGCAAUUUAGGAGGCCCUAAUUAUAUGCGUGGCGGCGGCAAAGUCUACGAUGAAAUGGGUAGGGAAAUACCAGGAGGAGGCAAAGGGUAUAGGUAUUUCGGGCGAGCGAAGGAAUUACCUGGUGUGAAAGAGCUGCUCGAGGCUGCUGCGCAGAAGAAGCUGCAAGACUCGGAGAAGCCAUUAGAAUCUCGCGAGGACCUAAGGAAAGCAGUUGACGCCAAAUAUUACGGGUAUGCACCCGACGAAGAAGACGAUGCAUUACUCGAAUAUGAGGCCGAGAAGGAGCGUGAGGCGUUUGAGGAGCUAUUAAAGCGAGGGAAGGCAGAACCUCCCCCAGGAUGGGAGUCACUACCUGGUGAUGUAGGAGAUGGUAAAGGGUGGGAGUUGCCCACGCUAGAGGAAGUGCAACAAGAGCUCAUAGAAAGGAGAAGGCGGAAGCUACUCGACCAGAUCCAAUAG